CCGAUCACCACUUCCAACCUCCGGUUUACAGUAUGGCAACUGCUUAUCGUUCACGGAGUACUACAGUAGUCCUUUCAUGACUUGAUUCUGCUCGUUUUGUAUCAUUCUCUACGGAGUACACUCGCUUCUAUUGACACGGCGCCCAUAUCCAUCCCAGCUUAGUUUCUUCACUGCAGCCGGCCUGCUGACGGAGACUGCGAACACCAAGCCAUCUCCAAUUCCAUCUUUACGAGAGCCUUGCUCUCGAACCAAUCGAAACCGAUAUGACCUGACCGCCUCUCUCUUCCCACCGCCUACUAUGCCUUUACGGACUCUGUUGUCCCGGCCUGCCACUGCUGGUCCUCAUCGAAGACACAGCAGCAUAGUUGAGGAUGCAGUGCAGGAAGGCCUGCCAUCACGCGGCCGCGCUGACUCCAUGAAAAGGCUAAGCCUGGGGUUCUCACGAUCGAAUGAAGAGACGUUCAAUCCGUUCAAGGCACAAGAGUCGGGGGAAACACAGUCUGAGAAAUAUUGUUCAACGGACGCUCUAUCGUCCGAGCAUUCCGCUUUACCAAAAAGUGUUAGCACCCCAGCGGCCUUGACCUCGAAAAACAACAAUCAGUCGGCCCAAGCACAGAAUAUGGACGCCGAACCCGACGAGCUGCCUUUACCCAAACCACAAAGAUUCUCGAUACUGGGCUUCAGACAUGCUUCAGAUCCGCAAUUGUCUACACGAUUCAAGCAGGGAGAUAUCACACCACCCAGGGACCCGGACCCUCCGAAAAUCAUUACAACGGCACCUACCACUCAAGACUUUGACGAGACUGCGAAACGGUCCAAGAGAAAAUUGUUUGCUCGCGCCCCUAGUUCCUUCCGAAAGAAUCUUCCCUUCAAACAUGCCGUCCAAGAGUCUCUGCAUGAGGACGACAUUGAAGAAAGAGCUGGUCCCAAAUCCACACCUCUGGGAGUCGGCAUGCCGCAGGAGAAUACUUCUUUCGAACGGCUGCCCCGGAAAAAACUGGCCAACAAUUCAAUGUCCCCACCUGCAUACGGUGAUGAGUCCUCAUCGUCGCUGGCAAUUCCGGUGACACGACUUUCCGACUCUUCUCGGUCCGACGAUAGUGCCGGGAGCCACCAUGUCUAUGCCAAAACCACAACCACCCAUACAAUCUCUACCACAACUACCUUUUUCAAGCUCAAGAGACGGAAGAAUAAAGGCCAUUUGUUUCCGUUACCAGAAAAAUUUACCCCCUCAGACUCAGGCCUCAAGAACACCACUUAUGCUGGAGAAGAUUCCCUCGGUGGCAGAAAAUCGAUGUCGCCGAGCAGGAGGUCCAACACCGCCGUGAGAUUCGACACAGGCCCGAGCAAAGAGAAUUCUGCAGGCCCAUCACCCACUUCCUCGGCUGUUGCGCUCACCAAUGCACCGUUUGGGUCUCCUGGACCAACAAUCGUCCGGCAAGAUUCGGCUUGGUCGACACAUUCGGGCCAUUCAACGCCUUCAGUCACCUUGGGUCCACCACGGAGCAAUGGAAGAGGUAGGUCCUCCACCAUGAGCUCCCUUGGUCGAUCAGCAGAGAAGUUGCUCGACGCCGUCCCACAACCGGGGUCAGCCAGGACCUCGACUUCUACGAGUGGUAGAAGAAGCUUUGGAGACUUAUUGAGCCUUCCGCAUCGACUUCGUCAGAAUUCAGCUCCUCCUGCACGACACAGUGCAGGUACGAGCCCGGGAACACCAGGGUCAAAAUCGAACUCGUUACAAAUAACGCGAGAACAAGAACCCGAGCGCGUAUAUCCCCGACGAGAAGACGGUGACACGCCUGCCAGUUACCUGGAAAAGCUUGAGGCAGCUGUUCCUAGAGGAGCUAUGGCAACAGCGCUUUGUAAAAGUGCCGAUGACUUCUCCAAGACCUGUCUCCGCAAGUACAUGCGCGGUUUCUCAUAUUUUGGCGAGUCCAUCGACAUAGCAAUAAGGAAGAUGUUGAUGGAAGUGGAACUUCCCAAAGAAACUCAGCAAAUCGAUCGAUUGCUUGCUGGCUUCGCUGACAGGUACUACGAGUGCAACCCUGGUAUUUUCUCCUCAACCGAUGAAGCUGCGUUCGUUGCAUUUUCCAUUCUGUUACUGCACUCCGACACGCACAACAAGAACAACAAGAAGAAGAUGCAGAAACACGACUAUGUCAAAAAUACUCGGCAAGGCCCGGUGCAAGUCGCGGGUGAUAUCCUCGAAUGCUUCUACGACAAUGUGUGCUACACACCUUUCAUUCACUUCGAAGACGACGUGGCAAUCAACAGUCAUCGCCUGGCUGCGGCCCCUAAACUCAAGAAGAGUUUGAUCAGGACGAAGAGCAUAGAGAGUUUACGUGGCCCUGUCGAUCCAUACACCCUUAUUCUCGACAACAAACUGGACUCCCUGCGACCUUCACUCAAGGACGUGAUGGACACGGAAGACUGCUACAGCUCGUCUGGAACAGCUGGUGCUCUUGACCACAACGACAUCCACAAGGCUUUUAUCAAUUCAGCUGUGCUGCAAAUCGUUUCGGCAAGAUCCCGACCUGAUGCCUUCCUGUCCCAAGCCACUAUCAGCAAUCCUGGCGAGGCACAAGCUGGGCUUGUCAGUAUCAAGGUUGCCAAAGUCGGAUUAUUGUGGCGCAAAGACGCCAAGAAGAAAAAGGCCAAAAGACCAUGGCAGGAAUGGGGAGCCAUACUGACUGAUUCGAAGCUAUACUUCUUCAAAGAUGUGGGCUGGGUCAAGAAGUUGAUCACGCAGUAUGAUGCCCAUACCAAAUCCGGCUCAAAAUCCGGUCCACUGAUCUUCAAGCCUCCGCUGUCCUCGUUUGAUCCGGAUGCUCUGAUGUCGAUGGAUGAUGCUGUGGCCUUGAUGGAUUCGAGUUAUAAGAGACACAAGAAUGCCUUCGUCUUCAUCAAACACGGAGGCUUCGAGGAGAUAUUCCUUGCCAACAGCGAGUCGGAGAUGAACGACUGGAUUGGCAAGCUGAAUUACGCUGCUACGUUUCGUACAGCUGGUGUCCGGAUGCGUGGACUUCUCGGGACGAGUUACGAGGGCCGUCAUCUGCUUCGAAAGGACUCCACCUUUUCGACGAAGAGUGGCGAGACGCCUCAGAAAGACAAGAAGCUGGAUGCUCAGACAUCGUGGGAGAUAAUGUUCUACCGGCGACAACUAAUCAAUGAAAAGAUUAGCGACUUUGAGGAAAAGCUUGCCGUGGCACAAAAAGAGCUGGACAACCUUUUGCGAAAUGCUCGACAUUUGCAGAUUCUGCUGCCAAUUCAGCAAAAGACCCGCGAACAGCUUGUUCUGGCUGCUGGACGCAUGUCUGCGAAAUUGAAAUGGACCAGAGUCGAGCUGUGGAGGACGAGGACGCACCGAGACACUCUGUCAAGGGAUCUCGAACACGAGGGGGUGACGGCAUUCCCUGCCCCACGGACUCCAUUGACAGUGACACCACAGAAAACAACACCUCUGAAAAUCACUCAGCCGACCCUUGGACGAACAAUUACGGAUACCAGCCAUCUGACAUUGUCACCCGUCAGCGCUACAUCGUCGCGACCGUCGCAUCUAGCUGAGAGAAUCAAAAGCCCUGAAAAUGGAAGCACACGUACCGCCCAGAGCAAUCUUGACCUUCCCGCUGCCGGAAGUGCCGAUCCGUCCUCUACCGAUCUCCCACUAAGUAAAGCUGACGGCAGCCAAGACUCGCAUUCUCUGGUUCAUCAAGUGUCUAUUGCCAGCUCUCGCCAGAGCCGUGACAAAGAGCGACUGGUAAAUAGUGCAGACGGCACGGAAGAGCAGGUCCUCCGGGACGCAGGGCUAAUUGGAGUCGACGGUGUCGUGUCGAAGAGCAAACGACCCGACACAAGUGAGUCGGAGCGUGAUCGACUGGGUACAAUUGCAAGCCCAACCGACACAGCAAAGAAUUCAAGCGUCCGUCGCAGCCUUCAUCGAAGUCUACGUGAGGGCCAUUUGCGCGAAGGGAUGCAUCACCAUUCUCCUAGUAUACAUCGACACAGGAAGGGCAGAGACUCUGGUUCUAGCGUGACAGCCACCGAAGACGGUGGCAAGUCGAUCAACAGUGAGGCUGAGGAGCUGAAACGAGGUACGGGAAGCUUUAUCUUGCAUGGCAAGAAAGCCAGCGUUAUUACCAUGUCAUCGGAGUGGCAAAGUAUGUCGAAUGAAGAGAGGUUGAGGUUGAGGAAGGUAGCACAGGAUGAGGAUGCUAGGGACAAACCUCCGACGGUCCAGGAUGACGAAGAUGCUAUCGAGACGGCAAGCAAUCUGACGAGACCCACAGACGAUCAGUAUGAAUCUCCUGUCUCAAGCCGCAAACCGAGUAUUGCCACUACUUCUGGAGAACAUUUUGUCGACGCCGAGACCGGUGAAACGGGGGUUGAACAGCAUGAAGUGAGUGAUAAGGAAUGAGAAAAAGCUGGUGUAUUUUUGGGCGGGAGAUUCUCGUUCCUUCUGCGUGGGAAAAUUGGGCGUUAUGAAAAUGGAUUCCGAGACACGAUAACGACCAUCUUAUGACCAGAGGCUAGAGUAAUGAACAUAGACUGGGUUUGAUCGGGUCUUUCUAUGGAGUCAGCUGGAGCAGGUCGAAUCUUGAACAGUCCUGUAGGAACUGUGGAUGUACGAAGUUGAGGGCGACGAGAGUACGGAGUACAUGCAAUGGUUCGAAGGGCUUGAUGUUUGCAGGGCGACCGUCCUAUUCACUGGACUUCUGGGAAAUCGGUGGACGAGUGGUUCACUAGGCUGAGUAGCCUUACGGUGCUAUCCGUUGUCUAUUAACAUAUUGCUGAAUGCCAAAGUGAGCCUUGGGUCGAU